AUGAUACAAUCAGUGCAGGUUCGACAGAGGGGGGCGUAUGAUUUUGAGAGUCAUUAUAAUGAUCUGUGUGCUCUACAGGACUCUGUACCUCUGUCAACAGUGAAAUCUUUUCUAUCACAAGGUGUUUUAGACAUCAGUGGAGAUAAAAUCAGAGCCAACGAUUGGAAGCCAAUAUUAGACACGUUACAAAUCAAUAAAAGUUUACAAUUCGUGGCUAUUAGAAGUAAUUUUGUGGCUCCUGUGGAAGAUCAGGAUGUGAAAUCGUCAGUAAAGAAACAGAAGACACCAGCCAUCAGAUCAAGGGAGAUAACUUAUAGAUUGUGUAAAGCUCUUCAGGAAUGUUUGAGUAAAUCACCAGCUUUAACUUGUGUUGAGUUACAAGGUUUACCAUUACGACAACGUGAUUUAAAUGCCAUUGUUAAAGUGAGUUAUUUCCCUUUUAAUGUUUAA